AGCCACUCGUAAUUUGAAGAUGCUCUUCAAGUCCACCUGGCUAAUCUCACCACCACACAUCAAUCUACGGCUUAUAACAUAAUCGGUAACCAGAUAAACCCCUUUAUCACUGCCACAGAAUCUCUCACAUGCGCCAUUAACAAACCUUCUUCUCAAAACUCUCAAAGGUCAACUCAUUCUAAACCCACGAAAUGGGUUGUGCAUCAUCAAAACGAAUUGAGGUGGCCGCCGUGGAUGUCUACCGUCCAGCUCCUGCUAGUUUUGCUGUGUUUGAUAUCAACGCCAUACAAGAGCCAUGGCUAACGGCGGACAAUGAUAAGUCUCAAGAAAACCAAGAGAAACCCACUCAUGUGCCUGCUUCAGUUCUCGAGAAGCUCAACAAGUUCGAAAACGAUGCUCCUCAUUCCUGGGACGAGGUUAGCAAAGCUCUCGAAGACCUCAAGCCGGCUAUACCGACUCCGCCCAUUAACAACGCCGUCUCCGCCAUGCAAAAGCUAACCCCACUUCGGAAGAGAGUAUCUUUUCACACACUUGAAGAGUUCGACGAGAAGAUAUCUUCAAAGCAAGAAAAUAAAGAACUGAAAAAUAUUCAGUCAAUGCGUACAGAAGAGACGAACAAGAAAAAGCCCGAGCCAAACAAGUCCGACUCCGAGCCGCGAGUUGAAGUCGGGCUCGGAGGAGGAGGGCAUAAACCAGUGAAGGAGAACAUAUUCAUCAUUAAAGACAGACGAGAGAGAGAAAAAGAAGGGAAGCAAGUAAUUUUCGAAAAGCUCAGACGAGACCCAUUAAGCGACUUCCCAGAGAAGUGUCCACCAGGCGGAGCAGACUCAGUGGUAGUCUACACGACGUCGCUGAGAGGAGUCCGUCGCACGUUCGAGGACUGUGCACGGGUGCUGAACAUAUUCGAGGUGCACCGGGUGGUGACGGACGAGCGAGACGUGUCGUUGCACGGAGAGUUCUUGAAGGAGCUAAGGGAGCUGGUGGGAGAAGAAGAAGCCAGCUUGCUGCCGAGGGUGUUCGUGAAGGGGAGAUACGUGGGGGGAUGGGAAGAACUCAAUGAGUUGAACGAGUCGGGGAAACUCGGGAGGAUUGUGAGAGGGGGGCGCUUGGAAACAGGGAUAGGGAGACAAGGGUGUGGAGGGUGUGGAGGGGCUCGGUUUGUGCCGUGUUUGGAUUGUGGUGGUAGUUGCAAGGUUUUGGUUGAUGGAGUAAAAGAGAGGUGUGGGAAGUGUAAUGAGAAUGGCCUGGUUCAUUGUCCUGCUUGUGCUUAGCGGAUCCAAUUUAAAAUGGGCUUUAAAAAACUCAAUUUGAAAGUUUCGAAUCUUAUUGUGUUUCUGUUAAGUGGUUGGCUGGCUUGUAUGUAUACUUUUUUAAUUUUGUUCAUGUAUAAGAAAGAAUUUGCUGAA